CUAAAUCAAACAUGAUUUAUGAGUGGAACUCGACAGCAACUCGGUUCUCGAAAUUUAUAUUUAUAUCGCCGCGAGUAUGUUGAGGGCAUCAGUUAAAACAUUAAGAAUCAUAGAACAUAGGUUGCGAAGCAGCGCAAUCAAUACGCAUUGUUCUCAUACCCGUUUUCAAUCAUCAAGUAAUAUAUUUCCUUCAGCAACACGCACACAUCAACAGAAUAUGACAUUAUACACUAAAAUAGUAUCCUCAAUGGGCAGCAAAACCUCUAUGGUGGCUAAGGACAACGCCAUCAAGGGUCGCGUUGAGAAAAUGCUUAUCGAAGGCAAGCACACAAUUUUCGGCACACAGACAGACGGCACGUUCGAAGGCAUGGAGGAGUUCCAGGCUGGCAUGGGCUGCUUCUGGGGCGCUGAACAGAGGUACUGGGAACAGCCGGGUGUAGUACACACGGCAGUGGGUUAUUCUGGUGGCUACACUGAGAACCCUACAUACGAAGAGACAUGCACUGCACAGACAGGACACACCGAGUGUGUGCGAGUGGUAUACGACCCCAAGAAAACCAAUCUACAGGCAUUAUUGAAAGUGUUCUGGGAAUCACACGACCCCACACAGCAGAACAGACAGGGAAAUGAUGUAGGAACGCAGUACAGAUCGGCUCUCUAUUUGGAAACGGACGAGCAGUAUCAAAUUGCUAAGAAGUCAAGAGAUGCUUAUCAAGCGGCCCUGACAAAGGAAGGAAAAGGUCAUAUCUCUACUGAUUUAAGGGAAGGACCCGCACCAGUAUUUUACUAUGCAGAGGACUAUCAUCAACAGUAUUUGGACAAGAACAAGGGUGGCUAUUGCGGUCUGAAGGGUACAGGCGUACAAUGUGCGCGAGGAGAAUAAUCAAAGAUAUAUAAAUAAAUGAUUGCCAAAUAGAAUGUAC